UGGAGAGAGACGACGACACCAGCAGCACGGCGCUCCGGGGAAACACCAUGCAUCUUAGGCUGAAAGGACGACUGCAGCCUCACAUUAUUUCGCAUUCUUAUUUUUGAUUUCUGUUUUUUUUUGUGUGUGUGUGUGUGUGUGUGUUGUUGCGUGUUUUCUUUCUCUUUUUCCCCCUCCUUUUCACCCAAUCUCUGACGCGCAAGGACACUACAGCAUCCAUCCACGGCAGAAACGCUCGCAUAAAGCAUCCUCUGUACAGACGCACCACCAUCCUCAUCCUUCCUUCCUUCCUCCUACUCUCCUCCUCUCCUCUCUCCUGUUCUGUUCUAACCCAGAGGACAUCGGGACCGCUUCUCCCCCCCUUUGCCCGGAGACAUGGAUCUAUGGUUUCAUUCGAUCCGGAUUUGCUGGUGGAGGGUUUUGUUUCUGAUGAGUGUUUUCCAGGACUAUCUGAGCUCCAUGCUGGACUGCCCGCCGACCUGCAGCUGCUCUCAAACAGAGAUCUAUUGCAAUAAGUCCGACAGCGGCAGGUUUUUCCCUUUACUCGCCCUGCAAGAUACUGGUAGCAAUGGGACCAGCGUUGACAUAGCAGAGUUAUUCAAAAACAUCACCUCUAUACACAUAGAGAACUGGACAGGAUUGCAGACUCUGAGAGACGUUGAUAUGGAGCUCUACACUGGACUGCAGAGACUAACUAUCAUGAAUUGCAACCUGAGGGUGAUCCAGGCCCGAGCUUUUGCUCAGAAUCCACACCUACGCUACAUAAACUUGUCAAAGAAUCCUCUCACCACUCUGUCAUGGCAGCUCUUCCAGCACCUCCAACUCUCCGAGCUGCGUCUGGAUGGCGUGGUGUUUGACUGCGGCUGUGAUAUCCGCUGGAUCCAGCUGUGGCAGCAGAGAGGAGAGGCCGUGCUCCACACACAGCAGCUGUACUGCAGGAACGGAGCCUCCAAGAUACCACUGCACAACAUGUACAUCCACAACUGUGACCUACCAGAGAUCAGCGUGAGCCACAGCAGUGUGUUGGUGAUGGAGGGCGACAAUGUGACGGUGAGCUGCAAUGGAUCUGGAUCACCGCUGCCAGAGGUGGACUGGACUGUCAGUGGCCUGCACUCCAUCAACACACACCUGUCCAAUGUGUACUGGCCAAACAUCCACUCUAUCAACCUGACUCUUUUCAACAUCAGCCGAGAUGACAACAACUUCCAGCUGACCUGCAUUGCAGAGAAUGUGGUGGGGAUGACCAACUCCUCCAUCCAGCUCAACGUACAAUUCCCUCCAGUUAUCCUGAGACUGGCUGAGCCCGAGCAGCGCCACGAUACCUGCAUCGAGUUCACAGUUCGAGGCUACCCCCAUCCCAAGCUGCGUUGGUUCCACAAGCAAAGGGAGAUUCUCCAGAAUGAGUACAUCCGAACUGAGAUGGACUUCUACCAGGACUAUCUGGAGGGCUGCCUGACCUUUCAGAACCCAACGCAUAUCAACAAUGGCAACUACACUUUGGAGGCAAGCAACCCUCUGGGAACGGUCACCAAGACAGUGUAUGGUCACUUCCUCAUGGCCCCGGGCAUCGAUGAUGAAGACAUAGUGGAACUAGUUCCUUCGACGCCAUCAGAUGGUGAUUCAAGCCGACCAGAAGAAGAUACAUUUGGGGUUUCCAUCGCUGUGGGUUUGGCCGGCUUUGCUUGCGUCCUCCUCCUUGUCCUUUUUGUUCUCAUCAACAAAUACGGCCGGCGCUCCAAAUUCGGUAUGAAAGGUCCAGUAGCUGUGAUCAGUGGUGAGGAAGACUCUGCCAGUCCUCUUCAUCAUGUCAACCAUGGGAUUAUUACCCCCUGUACUCUGGAUGCGGGUCCUGAUGCGGUUGUCAUAGGGAUGACUCGUAUUCCUGUGGUGGAGAACCCUCAGUACUUUAGACAUGGACACAACUGCAAUAAGCCAGCCACCCUUGUCCAACAUAUAAAGCGGAGAGACAUCAUCCUGAAAAGGGAGUUGGGUGAAGGAGCUUUCGGUAAAGUGUUCCUGGCAGAGUGUUACAACCUCAGCCCCACCAAGGACAAGAUGCUGGUGGCUGUCAAGACACUGAAAGAUCCCAACCUGUCGGCAAGAAAGGACUUCCAGAGGGAGGCAGAGCUGCUGACUAACCUGCAGCACGACCACAUCGUUAAAUUCUACGGAGUGUGUGUAGACGGAGACCCUCUCAUCAUGGUGUUCGAAUACAUGAAGCAUGGAGACCUCAACAAAUUCCUCAGAGCCCACGGCCCAGACGCCAUGAUUCUGGUAGACGGCCAACCACUGCAGUCCAACGGAGAGCUGGGUCUUUCCCAGAUGCUGCACAUCGCCACCCAGAUUGCCUCGGGCAUGGUCUACCUGGCCUCCCAGCAUUUUGUUCACAGAGAUCUGGCAACCCGCAAUUGCCUGGUGGGCAAUGGCCUGCUGGUUAAGAUUGGAGACUUCGGCAUGUCCAGGGACAUCUACAGCAGUGACUACUACAGGCGUGACAGCUGGGCCAGUUCGGACUUUGCUGGGGGCCACGCCAGAAGUUAUGAAGUACUUGCCUGCUGGGUUGGAGGACAUACCAUGUUACCUAUUCGCUGGAUGCCCCCGGAAAGCAUCAUGUACAGGAAAUUCUCCACGGAAAGUGACGUCUGGAGCUUUGGAGUCAUCUUGUGGGAGAUCUUUACCUAUGGGAAGCAACCUUGGUUUCAGCUGGGUAAUAACGAGGUUAUUGAGUGCAUAACCCAGGGUCGGGUUCUGGAGAGGCCACGGAUUUGUCCUAAGGAGGUGUAUGACAUCAUGCUGGGCUGCUGGCAGAGGGAACCACAGCAGCGACUGAACAUUAAGGACAUUCAGAAGGUCCUGUUCGCCAUGGGAAAAGCCACACCGGUCUACCUGGACAUCCUGGGCUAGCAGCGGCCGGGGGGUGGCCCGUUCUUCGCCAGACAGACAGAUCGACAGAGACAGACAGACAGACUGACCCACACAAAUCCAGGAAUAACCAAACCAACCUGUUCCACUGUCGAAAAAAACACCUACAAUGUUUUGGAAGGACUUAAGUGCCUGCAACACUUUUGGAUAUAGUGGAUAAAACGUAUUCAAAAAACACGCACUUUUACAUUUUGUUUACUUGCGCAUAAGAUGUACAGGUUUGAAGAAGACUUUUUUUCCUCAAAAAACUGCAAAAAUACACCGAAAUGGAGACGAAAAGAAAGUAAAGUGGACUGGCAAUAGGAAAAUGACCACAGUUUGAUUAUAUUAUGGAGAGAACACAUCAGAGUUAGAAUCUAUCCUGGGUUUGUUUUAUGAAUAUAUAUAGAAAUAUUACAUAUAUUUUAUAUUUAUUUCAUUUUGUCAGGGUGUUGAAGGGUCUGCCAUGUGUGUUGCUAAGGGCUCGGCCCUGUCUGAAGACGUCACGGACAGACUCUUGGCAGGGACUUGUCGAUGGUAGCCUUACUUGCACUCUGAUUGGCUGGCACUGAGCUUUUAAUGGGAACUUUGCCUCUGUGGAAUAACACUGGAGGGUUGACAGGAAGGAGCGCUCCGUAGAGGCCCUACCCAAUCAGACAACUGACAAAUCUAUUUUAAUUUAAAAACAAUGUACAUAUUGUAAAAUUCUAUGUGUCAAAAUUAUGUUAACUUAUUUUUUCGCGUGUUAUUUUGGUUCCUUUUCUGACUGUGAUCUGGGUGGGUAAAGUAUAAAGCUAUGGUAUUUGUUUUCAUCCUAGUCUAGUGGAGAUUUCUCUUGGGAAUUACCUGUGUCAGUGCUGGUAAGUUGUCUUAUGUUGUGAAGGUGAAUGGCAGUGAAUACUGUUCGAAAAAUCCACUGACACUGAAUCAUAGAGACUGCAGAAUUGGGGACAACUUGGAGCCAUCAACACGACACUUUUCCGAAGAGGUGAUGAAACCUCAUAUUCACUUUCCAGUUCAUUUGCUUUUUAUGGCAAGAAUAAUGUGUUGAGAGAAAAAAAAAUACACCACACCCCUCCAACACAUAGACACGCUUUGAGAAACUGUUCUGUCAUUUUUAGGCUUUUUGGUGUGAAGCUGCUUUUCCACUCUAAAGAAAACAUUUUUGUAACUGGAAGUAUAAAUCAUUCACAAGUGUGUGCCUCGCAUACACAGCCUAAGAAGAGUAAAAAAUAAAAUCUGCGAAAUUUACUAUGAGCAAAUCAACACCACUCACAUAUCUGUCAGCUAAAUAUGAAGCGACAGCAUAAAGACUGGAAACAGGGUUAAACCGUUAGCCUCGCUUUCUCCACUUACCAGCACCAGUAACGCUGAUUAACUAACCUGUUAAAUCUCUUUCAAAAGCACAUUGACAUUUAAAAGCAAUUAACUAAAAACCCAGUCUUCGAAUUUGAGCCGUACACUUAUUAAUUAAAUACAUGCUAAAUUAUAAUAUCAUCAUUUUAUGAGCGAUAGAUUGAGUAGUAGUAAUAAGUUUUUCACAGCCAAAAUAUCUACUAGAGGAUGGGCUAGCUAGGCUUGGCUCUCUAUGUCCUGUUUGUUUCAUCUGUACAUAAACCGAGGUGUAAAAAGUAACCUCUGUAAAGGCUUCACCUUUACCUAUGGUUUUGUUAAGAUUUAACACUUCAAAUAUAACAUGUUAAUUGCUGAGCUUUAGAGGUGCUGAUAGGCAGAUUUUGUUACCUUAGGACAGAGCCAUGCUAGCUGUUAUCCCUUGUUUCAGAUCUUUGUGUUAAUAAGCUAACCGGCUGCUGGAAGUAGCUUCAUAUUUACUGUACAGACAUGAGAGUGGUAACGCUUUUCUCAUCUAACUGUCAAGGCAGCAAAUAAGUGUAUUUUUCGACAUUUUAGGUUAAUACCAUAGGAAUCCUGUCGCUUCACAGGCUGAGCAAAGAAACACUAUGACUUCUUCGCUUGCAUUUCCUUUACAAGAACAAAAGAAGAACACUUUUUCUUAUUCAUCAGCUGUACAUGACUCACAGUCACGCUUUUCUUCCUCGCACUCGUGGCCUUUGCAUGUUUAGCAGUGAUGAGGUUUUACACCCGUCUGUUGCUUUGAUAAAAACCUCUUCUGUUACGACCAGAGAGGAGCCACUGAAGCAGGUAGAUACUUGUGUUGAUUUAUGGGCGGUCCAUCAAAAAUAAUAAUCACUCUAAUGGAUCAGCUAAUUGUGUGGUAUUACGCGUUCCAUAUUUUUGAUAAUUACAGUAUUUAAUGAACUGGAAAACAUGACAAGAGUUUUGUUCCAAAAUGUGAGAGAAAAACAUGACCCCAAAAAAGCUUAACAGCGAAAGAAAAACUAAAACCAAAUGAUAUUGCUUUUAAAGAAUAGUUCAUCAUUAAGUACUCAGUUGACGAAUUAAGUUCAUUUUUACAGAGUGGAUCCUGUAGAUUGCUCCGUCACUGAAUGAUAAACCUCAGGCAACGAUUUUAUUUUAUGUUGUGUCUGGAUAUAUAGCGUUUUGGAGUGGAACUCUUCACAUUUCUUCCUUAUUCUUCCUAUUAUCUUGCUGACAUAAAUUCUCACAUUAUCACAGUGUUGUCUCUGUUCCCCUUGGGACUAUGUAAAUCAUUAUUUCAAGUAUUUUAUAUGAAAGGCAGGAUCAAAUCCAACGAGUUACCCAAAGCAUUCAGUUUUUGUGUAUUCUCUUGUGGUAAAGAUAAACGCUUAAAGACAUUAUGACAGAUCGUGAGCAUUUGCAGGGUAUUGUAAUCCUUUCAUGGUGAGUUGAAUAUUGUUUUCAAAGUUUUCUUUUUUUUUCUUCUUUUUUUGGACAAACUAACUGAACACUUUUUGAAACAAAGUUGGCAUAUUACCAUGUACACGUUACAGAAUAUAAAAAUGUGGUAUAACAACUGCAGUAUAUAAAAUACUGGUAUUCCAUGAUAGAUCUUUGUAUUAAUGUGACUCUCUUAAGAAAAUGUCUUCAAACAAUCAGAUGAUCUCCUUUUCCAUUUUGUCCUGUCUUAUAAAGAUGUGUAAAUUUGACAAAAUCUUGUCUUCAUCUAAAUCUGUGAGAAAGCUGAACAGCAUGUGUUCAGUGUGCAUUCUGUGUUAUCUGCUGUUCCAUCCACUCAAAACAAAAGAAACGAAAGUAUCUUUUUCUGACCUAUGGAUAGGUCAGAGGUCAGGACAGACGACAGAUCAGCUGCUGUGAAGCUAGUAUUGAUUUAGUGUUUAUCUCCUUCAGCAGGUCAGCCUUUCUGAAUUUUCUGUUUAAUUAUCUGUUUGUUUUGUUUCAGCAAAUACACAUCAUCUUUCUUUCUAUUUUCUUUUUUUAUUGUGAUUGGUCAAGUCUGAACACAGAAGCCAUACACAUAUCAGCACAAUUCAAUCUCUCCAGGUGUUUAUCUGCGAUGGCAUCUCUGAUGUCCGUCGCAGAUAAACACUCCUUAUAAUUUGAGGAUCUUUCUUCGUAAUUAUCAUUUUUUGACAUUUUCUUUAGUAUCAAAAGUAAUCCACUUCAUUUAUGUCUACCUUAUCAGUAUUAAGGCCCAGAAAUAUGUUUCUUUGUGGUAUAUCACAAACCUGUAGUCAUAUAUGCAAAAACAAACUACAGCAAAACUGUCCUACAACAUGUAUGGUACCACUCACAGGCAAUUUCAGAAAAGCCCAAAUUAACUAAUGAUCAUUAACGAUCAUAUGGUAAAGGUACAGCAUGAUAUACUUAUUUAGUUAUCACACCAGCAACUAGAAAACCAAACAAUAUUAGGCUGAUGGAUCCAGUAGUAUGCGAGAUUCACACACCCCACACACACACCUGGCAGAGAUAAUAAUAUUGUCCACUUUCUCACCACAACAAGCAAGCAAACAGUAGUUUGCACAAUGU